UUCUGACACGAUAGCUAUAGCCAGAGUGAAGCAUUUCUAAGAAAAUUUUAUCGAAAUAAUGGUUCUUCUUUGUUGCAUCGUCGUCUGUACGGUACUAAUUGGGCAUCCAGGAUUGCAUUCUUGAGAGUACUGAACAAGCGAAAGAGAAAGGCUGCAAUGAGAAAUCUGAAGGCUGGCUUCCGAAGGCUGAAAGCAGAGAUGCAAGAGAUCGAUGAGGAUCAACGAAGUAUCAAGGAAGGACAAAAACAAGUCAGAGAAAAACUUGAAGCCAUUGAAGCUGAAUGUGCGCAACUCAGGAAGGAUACAGACCUCAUGAUCAGGCAGAGUGCUGCGAGCAAGCUUAAUCUGUGUCUCAUGUUCAAAAUCCUUAAGGCUCGUGAAGAAGGCGAUUUUCUUAAGGCCACCCAGCUUGCUCAAUUGCUUCGCACAAUAUUGACCAGGCAGAACGAGCAAAGGCAGGGAUCUAUAUAAUGGGACAGAUGAGGAAAAUUUCUCAGUCGGAUUAAGCUAGCUAUUAUUAUGUUUUAUCUGGUGAUACCAUAUGCUGUAUGGUGCUUGUUAUCGUUAAACUUUGUUUUUCAUUUCAAGUUUUAAUGUUUUGAAUGGUGAAUUUAAUAUAUGUUGAACUCUAUGCAUAGGUGUCAUAUCAGAAUGAUUUACUGCU